GUAGAUGGCGCUACGAGAAGAUUGCCAAUCACUCAUUCUGAAUCUCUGACCUGUGGCCAGUUUACCUUUGGUCCCUGUCUCUGUGCUAGUACUCGUAGCAGGUGGUGAACUGUUGUUGCAGACAAACAUUGCCUCCGGAACCUGAUAUCAGCCGAUCAUCCAAGAUUUAAUGCAGAACACUAAUUUGAUUAUGAUUUGUCGACACGCUAUUAUCAGGAGAUAUGCACCGUCUUGCAUGACCACGGUAUGGGUGCUGCUCGUCUUGAUCAACCUGCUCGUGAUGUUUGUGAAUCUGGGAUACGUUUUCACCAACAAACAGGAACAACAACAACAACAACAUAAUCAAAACCUACAAGGUCAUCCCAGGCUGCUUGGGCAUCAUCGUCAGCAGCAGCCGUACUACGCACCAAACGAGUCGCCAAACAAGCUGAUGGUUCAAGAAAAUUUCGCCCUUCUCCGUGGGGCACUUCGAGAUUCGCCGCAAAACAUGGAAACCUUGAAAAACGACUCGAGGACGAUGCCUGCGCACGAAACCCACACGUUCGCCCUCCGAGGGGACGACUGGGAAGACCUCAUCUCGUCGUGGCCCGUGUGUCUGUCCACGCAGGCCUCUGCCGACCUCCUCUUCUGGGUCGGGGAGCACAUCAAGACGUGGAGUGGCCCCAUGUCCGUGGCUGUGUACGUCCCCGACUCCGAUUUUUACGUGGCCAUGAAAAUGAUCGAGGUUUUGCUAAGCUGCAGCGAGGACGUCAGGAGGCGGGUGUCCUUCCACGUCACUUACCCAGCGGAGUUCCCCCCGAAAGCGAUGCCCCUCGACAACCCCAAGCUUUUGGCGCAUGGCUGCGAUCAGCUGGAGAUGUACAACGAAUACCUCCUGUCGGAGAUGAACGGCACUCUGCAGAGUAGACAGCCGGCGGGCCAGUUCCUCUACCCGCAGAAUUUGUUGAGGAACAUCGCCAGGGACAACUGUAAGACCGACUACGUCUUCACGCCAGACGUCGAUAUGGUUUUGGUGGCUGGUGGCAUCGACGUGCAUCUCAAGUCGUUCCUCGAUCGCCCGGACGCGAGGCGGUGCAGGAAGUGCGCCUUCAUCAUCCCAGCCUACGAGAUCAGCACAGAAGCGCCACACAAUCCGGUAGACAAGUCUGAACUUCUGUUGUUCUUGAAAAAAAACAAGCUGGCCAGGCGCUUCCACGUCAAGAUAUUCAAGCCCAACCAAGCCAACUCCCAGCUGAAGCUGUGGGAACGCCCCACCGCUGGGAAGGAGCUGAAAGGGAAAAAGGACAGGAAGCAGCAGCAGCAGCAGCAGCAGGAGGCCCUGCAGGACUCCUUGAUGCGGGAGGCGAACGGGACCCUCAGAGUGUUGUAUGACGUCACGACGUGGCAAAACUUUUGGGAACCUGUGUACGUGGCAAGGGCUCCCGUCCCGCCUUUCGAUGAACGUUUUGUUGGGUAUGGUUGCACCAGGAGUAGCCAGAUUUACGAGAUGCACGUUGCAGGCUUCAGUUGGAGGGUUCUAAACGAUGCCUUCCUCUGCCACCGAGGCUUCCAGGAUAGGAGGGCGAGAGAAUUGUGGGGCCAGAUUAAUCGUAAUUUUAAUUUGUAUCAGGAUUUUAAGAGAGAAGUUGACAAGAAAUAUGGCGAACAGGUCAAGAAACAAAAAGCUCCUGAAGAAAUCUAGUGUUUUUUUAUGCUUAGUGCAAAUAAUGUUAAAGAGUUUUUUUAUUAUAUAAAUUAUACUGUCGUUACUGAACGUUUUAUCCUGUUAAUAUUUAUUAUUAAGAUAUGUCAUUGUUCCUAGAUGUUUACAUAAUUUUUAAAUAAAGAGAGAAAAGAAUUCAUAUAAUUUUC